AUGCCCGAUCCUCUUCCCCAGGGCUACUCUGGACCCUGCGCCAAAGACAACUGUGGUGUUAGCGGCCAGGUAUGCUCAGGAGGCGCUAUCUGUGUGGGGUGGCCAAGCGUGGAUCCUGCCAAGAGGAAAGGAUGCACUUGCAGCCGUGGUUAG